AUGGGGAAGAAGAAAUCCCCCGCCAACUGCACACCCAGUUCAGGCAAAGGAAAACAAAAAGCAACAGACACCACUCCCUCGCCCAGCCCUAUCCAGGAUCGAAACUGGGUGAUCUGUGAACCUAUCAGCACACAGACACCGAAGCGUGACCGAUAUUGGACAGAUGUUGUAGUCUGGGACCUCGACGACGUACGCAAUCUUCGCGAGAUACUCACAAUGUGGGUCAUUAUGGGUGUCACAGCAAGCAACAUCGGAGAAUUCCUCGAAAGCGUACUGUACAACCGAGACGAGCAUCUAGACGGCCGCUUAACCCAGAUGACCAACAACCAAGAACCCCACAUCAAUAUUGCCCUGGUUCUACUGAAGCACUACCAAAUCCGCGACGAAGAAAAUAAACCACUAUGGGAGAUUAGAGCCUCCCAGCUCGGCGACAAAACUUCCUGCUCCGGAAAACACCGACCCGAAUCCAGCGAGCCAAGCGAGCCAAGCUCAUCUAGCAAGAAAGCUCGACCCAAACGUCCCAGGAUCACAGUUCCCUCCAUCUUCCGUACUCCCUCUCGGACUUCGGCCACGAAGUGCGAACCACCUCAGACGCCAACACCGAAGCGAAACUCCUGGUACCAAGUCCCCGCCCCUAAACCUCUUCGCUCCUUCAAAAAGCCCUACUUCCUGUAUGACGAGCCGAGCCGUAGAAUCGAGAGUGCGAACGAUGUGUCUAGUAGGACGGUCUGCUGGUCAUUUAAUAUCAGUGAGGAUCUUACAAUGCUUACCAACGCGGAGAGGAGAGCGUUAAUGGCGAAUACGGGGGCUCUGCCUCCGUCAUUUGCAGCGGAGAUUAUUGAUCCUGCUUCGCUUAUGAAUUCGAUUGAGAACAUGGAAAUGGAAUUUACCGCGCAAGAUAUCAGGGAUAGCUGGCUUUGA